UAACAUGCUUUUAAUCCACCAGUCAAUUGUAACUAAGGCCCCCCAGGUCCUGGGGUAUACAGAGGAUAGCCGGGAAAAUUGGCCAUGUAUUUACCUUCCAGGUGGCCCCGCGGUACUGGUGAAUGUGAUGGUUUUUGUCUUCGCGCCCAAAUUAGCUGGGAAUUGGCCUUACCUAGGGUCCCUGGGAUGCUGGGGCAUUUGGUGGUGGUUUUAUCAGCAGUUCAUCGCCACUGAGUGGGGAUUUUACCUGGGCUUGGUGGGACCGAAAGUCAAAGUCCCCGCUAUUCCCUAGACCUUGGGGGGCCAUGGUUACAAUUGACUGGUGCAUAAUAGAGGGAGUAGGUCCCAUUUCCCCUCUUCGCACCAACUAAUCCAGAUGAGGCCUUUGUCACAUCCUGAGGUCCUUGAUAAGUAGUCAUUGAAAACGAAGGGGGCCAAUUUGCGCUACAUACAUGGUGAAAGGAUUUUUUAGGGCCUUUUUAUAAUAUGGGUCCCAGGCCUUUGAGGUGUUUUCUAUGAUUGGUAGGACGAUGGCCUUGCAGGAAUCUAUCUCGAAUAUGGGCAUGCAUUCCUUAAUGUACCUUCAUAGGAAUCCUAGAGUAGGAUUGCCCUUGCCAGUUAUGUCCAAGCCCCCCUCCCCCCAAUAAAAUCAAAAUUAAAAAAAAUCCCAGGCUUGUUUAUAAUGAUGGGGGAACUGUUACUAGUGAAAACAAACAAAAACAAAAAAACAAAUUUAAAACUAAUUGGGGGGGGGGGGGGGCAAUGUCAAAGGGAUGUAUCAUUACAACUUACAAUGUCCCUGUAGCAUCAAGGAUAUGAUCAUGGAGGAGUUAGUGUCUUCUGAUGACGAGGUUUUGAUCUUAUGACAUAGCAGUGCAGUGCAAGUAGCUAUAUGUAGGAUACUUAGAAAAAUGGCUCAACACUCAACAGAUACAAGUUCUGAUGAAGCGCAAUCAGCAAGGAGGGACAUGAAUGACUCAUAUUACCCAAGUGAUAUUCUAAUUCCACAUACUGAUAUUCAUAGACAUGCAGCUAGUAUACUGCAUCCUCAGAGUCUAUACAAUGAAGACUUUUGGACAGCUCCACCAACUUAUUAUAGAUCCAGAUUGUGUUCUCAUACACUUGAUUCUAUUCCCAUGAGUGAAUAUCCAGUUAUUGAUAUGAGAAAUUCAAGAGAUUUCACUCGAUCCAAAGACCAUAUACAGUUAAAAACGAAUUUAUCACAAACCUUGAUAAAGAAAGCUGUAUGUGAAAGGUAUCAUGUGACGGAAAACUUCGUGGAAAUUGUAGAAUAUGAAACAAAAGUGGAGAGUUCUCCUCGCAAAACGCUCAUAAUAAUUGUCCCCAAAUCUACUGCAGGUUUCUGUGGGUUAGUGUUAGAAACAUAUGAAGACAAGGAUCAACGAGUUCCCAGGAUUAUGUGUGCACAUUUACCUUUGGGUAUGGUCAUUCAUGAUUUGAAAAGGGAGUUAAAGGUUUUUCUUAACUGGAAAAACCUAGCCAUUUGCAAAGAUUCAAAAGUACUUAGUGACAACAGCCCUUUGCAAGAGUUUCAGCUGGAAAAAUUAGAGAGACUGCAGGUUUAUCAGUUUGACCAUCAAGUGAUAGACUUUGUGUAUCAAUCAGGUCAGCAUUGUCAUUAUAGAUACAGAGUGAAUGUCAACCUGACAAAAUCAGUUGGACAAGUAAAAGACAGGUUAAGGAGACAAGUUGGAGAUGAACUGAAGAAAUUGCAAGCAACCGAUAAGAUGUUCCUUCACUUCACAGUACAAGAAAAACUGGUUGAGGAUGAUUUGUGCAUGGGCCGGGUUGUGGAAAGGUUUGGUAGAGACGAUCAUGUUGGCCUGCACCUCUCUUCAGAAAAUGCCAUUAGCGUCACACUGAAAUUUAACAAGCCAUUGAAAAUGAAACAACGUAUGUUGAUAUGCAAAAUGGUAUGUUCGUCAGCACAGCUUAGGGGAGAGAUAGGAAAACUUGUCGAUCAUGAUCAGAAAUCUGUGAAGCUGACCUUGAAUAGUAAGUUAAUGGAGGAAUGUCCUGACAUUGGGAAAAAGUAUGGUACAGAAUGGCAAAGUGGGUGCACAGUUUCUGUUGGAAUAAAAAAGCAUAAAACUUUGAGAAUAAAACACCCAGAAGAUGGCAGAGAGCUUGUCUUGAAGAUGUAUAUGCUUGAACCUGUCAGUGAAUUGAAGAGAAAAGUUUCUGAGGCUUGGAAUCUGAACAUAUUGAACAUGUCUCUGAUUUGUAGAGGGCAACGCAUGUUGGGCAGCAAACUUCUCAUGUUUUAUCCAAUCAAGAACAACAUGGAAAUUCAGCUUCAAUUGUUUCCUCAUAGAAUCUCUUUUCAUGUGAGGAUUGCUUUCAAGAAGAGAUGGGUAAAAGUAGUCGUGGACGAUAGCAGUGUCUCAACCGUCGAUGAUCUUUUGAGAUUUUGUGCCCACAAGUAUGAGUAUGCAAGAAAAUGCUCUCGAGCCAUUUUUAAUGGUUGCUGUCUGCACAAAAAUUCAUCCCUUCAGGAGGAAAAUCUGAAGACAAAUGACCAGGUGGUCAUCGUACAUUUUGAUCAGAAGAUAGAGUCGAAUGGUGAGCUGAUCCUGAUCUUCAUGGGCCGGGAAGAUGGGCACACCAUCAUGAGAUGUGGCUCAGUGGUCGCUGGACUUCUCCUCCAUGCCGCGAAAAAGACCAAGCUUCAGGAACCUGAGCACCUGGACAACGGAGCCUUGCCGGGGGACAUACACAUUGUACCAGAGGCCCUACCUGACGAUGCCAGCAAACAGGAAAUGAAAGUUGCUGCCAGUCAACCUGUCAAUGAGAAAAUCCUGACUAAAGGAGAAAAGAGGGCACUUAAAGCUAUGUAUUUGAGAAAGGCUAGAGCCUUAAAGAAGGCCAUCAUUGCCCGAACAAUCUCUGAACAGGAAAACACUUCUACAGGCCUGACUUCAUUUACUGAAACACUAGGAUUGCGUUUUGAAACUGAAAGUUUAACAGGGCAAAUAGCUUCCGAGAGGCCUACGUUUUACCUGCAAGAUGAGGAUGAACAUCACAGAGAUGUCAAAGGUAUUCCACCAAGUGAUGAGAUUGGGAUUACCAAUGGUACAGAUGAUUCCAUUACAAUUUUGAAGGAAGUAUACAAGGUACCCGAGUUUGGUAGGGAAGACAACACUGAUGCUGAUUUUGAAGAGAACAAUGCUGCUGAUGAGGAUGUUGAAGAGAACAAGGCUGAUGUUGAAGAUGUUGAAGAGAACAAUGCUGAUGAUGCCGAUGAUGAGGAUGAUGAUGUUGGAUGUAGUAAGCAACCAACAGAUACAAGUAGGUUGGAAAAUGAUGGUGGUGCUGCUAUUGGUCUGUUUGUAUGUUGUAGUGCAUGUAAUAACAGUGUUCCAGUAAACCAGCAACUAGAUAUCCGACAUCUUGUGACCCAACACGAAAGUUAUGCUAAAAAUGAACAGCAUCUGAAAUGCAUUGAAAACUGUAUCAGGAAACUGCGAAACGGAAAUUCUCCAGAAGUUGGUAAAAGUUGUUGUUCAGAUGAUUAUUCUGAAGACCAUGGAAAUCAUGAUUGCACUACUGUUCCCAAAGCAUUGUCCUGUGAAAGUGGAGAAAUUAAAAUGGAAUGCAAAGAAACAGUUCAAAAACAAAUCUUUGAUGAUAAAAUAGCAUGGGAUUCAGAUAAAAAGGAAGGCAAAGUUAUACAGCCAGUUACAGAUCAACUGACUUUUGACGAAGGGGUGUGCCACAAUUCUACAGUGGACUUUAGCUCUGACCCUGAUGGCGGUAGUACUGGUAGAGAAAUUAAUGUGUCAGCAUGUCCAGCCAACUUGAGACACACACGCCCAACAGUAUUAACAAACAACAACAACAAUACUGUCGGAAGUGAUAGUGGAGAAAGAAACUUACAGGCUUACGCGGGAAGUUCAGGUGGUAAUAGCGACACACAGCAGUUUCAAUAUCAUCCAUGUCAACGGAGAUUUCAUAGGACAGCUCAUGGGAUUCACCAUUUUCAUGAUCAAGAUUUUCACACGCAUGGCCACUGUUUAUUCGAUGCCGUACGAUGUCCAAUCAUCCAGCAGCUAUUGACACGAGAAUCGGUUCGCAUGAAAGGUCGACAUAAAUACAGGUCAGAGGGUGACACUGGCCAGUCUGACCAUGCUGAAUUACUAGAGUUGCAAUACCUACACCAGAACCAAACAGUUCCUAACUUGUGUGCCUACCAAAAUGCUGUUUGUAUGGAUUUGGUUCCAAUAAUAACAGAUAUUAAUACCCGAAUGCUUAUUUAUGUGAGUGAAAACGUUGGUACCAAAUGGAAGCAAUUAUGUCGACAGUUGGAGGUUAAGGAGACAACACUUGAACAGAUAGAGCAUGAAUACAGACAGCUACAGGAGCAGGCAUACAAGGGACUGUUUAACUGGACAAGAGAAAAAGGCAAGAAAGCAACAAAGAAUGCGCUUAUUGAGGCACUGAUGAAAGUUCACCUUACAUCAGUGGCUGAAGCCAUCAAUGGCCACACCACUGUUUAGUAUUAUUUUCAUUUGCAAUCAUUGAGGAACUUUAUACGAAAGUUUGCCUUACAUCUGUGGCUAUAGAAAUCAAUGGCCUAAUUACUGUAUAGCAUUAGUUUCAUUUGCAGAGCAUUUACAUAUAAAAGAUACAAGCCCGAAAGCCAACUUGUAUUCUGCAAUAGAAUGAUUCAAACUGGGCUUGUUCAAAAUUAAACGUUUAACAUAAAAUGCCCACUUACUCCCCAAAAAGAUGUACCACAAUUAAUAAUAUCGUUUUAAUAUUCAAAAAAAGAUGUCAAAAACAAUGGUGCUUAUGAAGGAUACCGAGUUUAAUUUGAAAGAAAUGAGCAUAGAACACGGUAUUUCUACUUUAUGAGACUAUUGAAGACCAUAGUAAAUCUUUUAACAUUCACCAAUCAUUUAAUAUUUUUGCGCUUUCUGCUAUUUAUUUCAAGGUUACAAUCUUGUUAUCAGAAGCUAAUAUUUUCCAUUAAUGCAUUUUUUAGUAAGUAGUUAAAGGUUUAUUAGUCAAAAUUUAUGUUUGUUAUACAUGUGUAUGUAUUGAUUUUGAAAAAGAGUGUCACUUUAAUCAUACAUGUUAUAAUGUAACAGUAACUGUUGUGUUUUGUUUAUUCAAAUUUUAUGGCUGUCUCGUACUCUUACUGGAAAAGACAAGAGAGGCAUUGAGUUGUUUUGUUGUGUAUUUUGUUGUUCUGUAAAACAUUUUUGAUGCAAUUACAGAAGAGGUGAAACAUGUAAAUGUUGACAUGAAGCUUGAAACAUCUUUAAAUAGAUAUUGUUGUUUUAUAUGAUAUUGCAUGUAUUUGAAUCUCAGUUUUGGAUUUCAAAUUGGUAUGCUCCAGCAUAAUUUUAAGAAAAUUGAAUUCUCAAUAUGAUAUGAGUGACAUCAUAGCUGGAUAGCUUAUUCUCAGUCUUAUGUUUAUGUUGUUACAAAUACUGUUGUUGUAGGGAUCUAUGGGCUCAAAAUCUUAUCAAAGAGCGUAAUACGAAAUAUCGUUAGCUCAAGAAAUUAAGUUCUUAGGGAGGCUAGAAAUUAAAUUGAAAUUUGUGCUUACAUAAAAAUAAAUUAUUUCGAAAUAUAUCUCAAAUCAACCAAGAUUGAAGGUUUUCAAAAAUUGAUCUUUCUUUUAUACAUUUCUAGGUAAGAUGGUCCCCUAGUAUUUCAAUGUUUGUUUUCACACAAUAUCGCUUUUAAUUUUACUCAUAAUUAGCUUUAAGCUCUUAUGUGAUACCACACUGUGAUUUUGAAUUAUUUUCAUGUUCAUUUGAACAUGGUCAUAGACCAUUAGAAUUAAUGUUAUCGUAGUAAACAAUAUUCUGUUUCAGAAACAUCAUUAUUUGUUCAGUAAAAUGUCAGUUCAACAUUAAAUGACAUAAUUUCUGCAAUGAAAAUCAAUUCCUGUAUUUAAAUGAAAUUGUACAGCUGAAGUAUUACGUGCAGAAAUUUAUGCAAAGACUCAAUGCAGUGUGAUCAGGGGUCGUAUUCAAAAGCAUAUCCUUAUCCUUAGACACUCCUCAGUGAUUCCAUUCAGUCAUUGGCCAGUUAAUUUUACUGUCCAAUCAAAAUGCUCGGAUUAUUCUGUUUAAAUUGAGUUAAAUCUGAGGUGGUUAUUGGAUCAUAAUGCUCCAAUGAUAAAAACAAUACUUAUGGCAUGAUAAAAUAGCUCGAUAGAAUAAUGGCAUAAUAUGUGGAAAAAAUGAGAUUAAUACAUUUUGGACUUUUUGGACUAUCUGCAUUGUUUGUAAGUCCCAUUGCUAUGGCCUAUGGGUAUUUUUGCCUGCUUCACAUGUACAAGUUAUUAUGUGUUUUUAUUUCUUACUCAAUGUUGUACAGUUCACAAAAAAAUUAAUAUCAUAUAUAUUAUGAAGCUUAUUAUAUAAAACAAUAUAUAUUCAUGAUAGAUAAUUUAAAUUUAUUUAAAAACAGAAGAAGAAAAAAUCAAAAACCAAGAUGUAACAUUGUCAAGAUUGAUUGUUGUGCAAUUAUAUUUUCAAUGAGAUUUUUUUGCUUAUCUGUUUUUCAAAGAAAGCAAGUUGACAUAUUUUCUUAGCCUUGGUGUUGUUGUCUGCAUUUAAGUGCAAAUUCUCGAAUCUUUGCCAUAACUAUAAAAUCAUUCAGGAUAUUCAAAUAAACAAGGCCCCAUAACUCUGAUUUUAAGUUUUGUUGAGUUAUGUCCUUUUUCCCAUUAGAACAGAUGAGUGUCCUCGUUUUUUUAGGCUAUGUUUGUUUUCUGUAAUUCAUAAACAUUAAACAGAUAUGUUAUAAUUUACUUAUGGAGAAGUUUGAUUUUUUUUAUAAUACACAAUUAAAUAUGAGCAACAUGUUUAUUAUUUACCACUUUCUGUAAGACUAUUGAUUAAAAAAAAAUAUCCAACUUUGCAUUUGAGUCAACUUUGUUCAAAACAAUAUCUACCUCUGUAAAAACCUGAUUAAACAUGGCUUGAGACUUGCCUUAAUAUUAUAUUUUUUGGUUCCAAUGCAAGAUGUUUUUUGUUAUAUUAUUUAUAUUUUAAUAAUAAUUUGUUUUUUUUUAUUUAUUUUAUGUAAUGUUCUGACUUGUAUUUUAAUAUGGCUAAUGGUCAUUAAGUCAAAGUACUGACACCUUCAUGAUUGAGUCAGAAUGACCCAUCUUCAAGUGAGGUUCUGUAUACAUUAUUGCCCACUGGACAGACAUUUCCAGUGAAUUUGGCAGUGCUGGAACAUUUCCGUCUGGAAGGGCAUUUCCAGUGAAUUUGGCAGUGCUGGAUUUUUUUUGUCUGGAUGGGCAUUUCCAGUGAAUUUGGAAGUGCUGGAACAUUUCCUCCUGGACGGGCAUUUCCAGUGAAUUUGGAAGUGCUGGAAAAUUUCUCUCUGGACAGACAUUUCCAGUGAAUUUGUCUGUGCUGGAACAUUUCCGUCUGGGCAGGCAUUUCUAGUGAAUUUGGCAGUGCUGGAAAAUUUCCGUCUGGGCAGGCAUUUCCAGUAAAUUUGGCAGUGCUUGGAAAUUUCCCUCUGGGCAGGCAUUUCCAGUGAAUUUGGCAGUGCUGGAAAAUUCUGGCUGGCUAAUUUUAUCUUUGCACUACUUGGUAUUUCUUACACUUCAUAGCUUAUGGAAAAUUUUAGUAUGGCAAUUCAAUAGAGCUUGAGAACAAAUAUAUAGUUCUAUAUUGAAUGAAAAUUAGUUGACGUUAUAUUAUGAUGUCAAUGAACACUGUUGAAUACACUAUUUGGUAAAAUGUACAAAAAUGUGUUUAACUAUAUAAAUUACAAAAGUAUAAAUCAAGGAAUACAGGUAAAAAAUUAUCAUGUGUUCUGGUCCAGAGCAGAAACUCUGACUUUCGAGCAGAUUACAUUUCCGGUAACUCUGCCAGCCUUGUUACAGGUUCUUGCAAGUUUGCCCUCGGGUUGGAUAUUUCUAUCCUGACCAGUAAUACAUGAUAGAUAAUCUCUUGAAACUUCACAGUAGACUUCCUAAUGAAAAAAGAAGAUAUAUUUAGGGUUUCAAUGAUUUCUGAACAGUAAAAUUUGGUUUUAGAAGUUGGGGGUUGGUAAAAUAGUUGUGCAUUUGGCCUAUCAUAUCGAGUGAUUCAUGAUCACUCAAAUUUAAUCACACUUCGUUUUUUUCCGCACCUUUGGUUCUAAUGUUCGAAGUGUAAAAUUUUGUGUCUGUUUCCAGUGAAUCCCUGUUUUAGAUUUUGAACAUGUUUGUUAUUUUUGUGAUAAUGUUUAUUGCAAGUACGGUACCUAAAAGAGUUGGUUCUUGAUCAUUAAUUUAUAAUUAUGAUUAAUUCUAAUCGCAGGUAUUACCCAGUAUACUAAACUAAAAUAAUGAAGAUUUUAUUGCUAACAGAAAUCAAAAUAGUAUUUUGUAAUAAAACUAUUUAUAUUAUUUUUUUACCAAUGAUAUUUUUAUUACAUCAAUUAAUUGUAAGGAAUGUUUCUGUAUUUUCAUGGUUACUGGUUUUUAUUUGUGCAAUAUGUUUAAGCAUUACCUCAAGUCAAAAAAAAGUCUUAAGUUUGUGCUUAUUAUUGUAAUAUCCAAAAAUGUAUAGUUUAGUAAUUGAUAAAGAAUGAUAAUCACAAAUUUCACUGUUGUUUUUUUACGCUCUGCGUAUUGUUGACAAUUGCAAGUUAUCAUUUUCUCAUUUUUUCUGUAAGUGAAUAGUUGCAGAGAUUAAGCUUUAGAAAUUUGUGUUUAGAUUGAUUUUUUAGAUCAUCGUUUUUUUUUAUAGAAAAAGCUUGCGGUAUUGUCAUAGCCUUGUCGUGUAAAACAUUAAACUUGGCCACAACUCAAAACAGAUAUUUACAUGAAACUUAGUACACAUGUUACCAGUGACAAUAUGCACAUGAUGACAAUAACAACAGAUGAGCUUUAUAUGUGGUGCUCUUGUUUGACCCUUUAAGGUCAAGGUGUUGUAAGGGAAACAGUUUGCACUGAUUAAGUACAAAACAGUAUAUUUAGUAAUGGUAUCCUAAUAGAAAUGUUGGCUGAUUUUUUAAUUCAAUGGCUAAAAAUAGAAAAACAAUGUCUCAAAUCUUGAUAAAAAAUACUGCAAAUCACAUAUUAAUUCACAGGGCAAUAACGAUUGAAAGUUAACAACGAUAAAGUUAACAACGAUAAAGUUAACAAAGUUGUUAACUUAAACAAAGCUCUGAACAAUUGGCCAAAUGAUUGCUCUGAUUCAAUUGGCUCAUUACAGAUCUUGAUAAUCAGAAUAAUAAAAUGUGACCAUGACCUUCAACCAAUUUUUAAGGGUAAUGACUUUGAUCCCCAUUUGUGUCUAUUUAUAACAUUUUAAAGUUAGAUUUUGUUGUUAUUGAGAGGACAUGUUUGUCUCUUUCUCACAUACCCACUGGUGUUCUUUGUUUAAAUAUUCACAUGCAUUAGUAUAUUUUUCAUUUUGUUUUCACUGGCAAGUGCUUUCAGAUAUAUUGCUUAUUUUUUUGUAUAAUCUUACAUUCAUUAUAUACCUUUUCAGAUCAAUACUAAUUUUAUCUUUUCAAUUAGUUAUUUUUCAUCUAUUUGCUGUAAAACAUGUGUGCCGUUUAUUUUGAACAAUGGUGUGAUGAAUUUGAUGUUGAUAAUGGGUGUAAAAUGAAGCAAAAUCUUUUCUGCAAAAUCCUUGACAAAAUUAUAUGUUUCAUAAUUAUGGAUAAAAUUUUCAAGACAUGUUUUUAUUUCAGAAAUUCAAAAAAGCAAAUAAAAUUAAAUUGACAUGUCGUUGUUAAGAUUGAGUUUUAUGGAAUUGGAUUUCUGUUGCGAUAAUAAUUAAGUUUGUCUGUUUUAAGAACAAAACCAGUUGAGGUAUUUCCUUAGCCUUUUGUAUCAAACUGAAUCUUUUCCCCUGGUUGUCCACCACUAGGAACACCUCCGCCACUUUCCGUCGAAAAACAACCUCGCAUGUAUAUGGACAGUUUAUAAUGUCAGAAAUCUUAGCAUUUAACUAUGCUGCAAAUAGAUUGCGUAGUAAUUUUAAAUUAGCUGUUAACUUAAUGACUUUACUCUUGGGAAUCUUUAUUAUUUAUGCUAUAAUACACUUCACUGGCAAUCAAUGUAGAUGGAGAUAUACAAAAUACGUAUUGAAAUACUACAAUUGAUUAAUACUAUUAUUUAAAAUUUUACAAACUACUUCUUUUGAAGUAAAGACAUACAUUGGUUGUUUUUGAUGGAAAAUGGCCGAGGGGUUCCAAAUGAGUUGUCCACUAGCUCUGUGACUUUUGAAGAGUUCAGUCAAAUGUUGUUUGAUUUUUAGAAAAAUCACAUUAGGAUAGAAGUUGUCUAAAAAAUGUAUACAUUUUAAUCUAGUAGAUUUUAUUGAAAUUAGAUAAGAACUGUGAAGAACCAUGGUUCUGUUCUGGCUUUUCACCCCCAAAAUGACCUUCAUUAAUACGGACAAAAAUUAUUUCCUCUUUUUUAUACACUAAAAAUUACAUUGUUAUAUGCUUUAAAAUUGCCAUAGAUGACAUCAAAAAAUAUAUUAAUCAUUGUAUUCCAUGGGUAGGAAUUUAUUACAUUGUAUGUUAAUUGUUUUAAAAAUUUUUUUAUAUCAAUCUAUUCUUUUAAAAUGAUACAUGUACCUCUCCAAUUUUUGAGAAUAUUUGAUAUUAUAUUUGCUAUAUGAUAUAUUUUGUUUGGAAAGGUUAUGCCUAUGGUGUACAUGAAGCUUUAUUAGUUAACAUUUCUACUUUUCAAGCUUUCGUUUUUUAGAAAAUCUGGUUGUGCCAUGUUUACUUGUCCAUGCUUCUACAGUGCAACUUUUAUGUACUGGUCUCAUUUCAGUAUAAAAUAAACUUGACACUUGCUGUA